ACCAUACAACUGUGAACUGUCAUCGGAAGCAUCGCUGAAAUAUAAAGCUAACCUCUUGCGUUGCACGUGUUGGUUAAUAACAUUAAAACCAACACGGUUCUUCGUCAUCUUGUUGAUAAAUUAUCAAUGAACUAAAACAAAACUACAAGCAUUUGGUUUAAAAAACUGUAAACAUGACGGAAGUAAUGCAAUCCGGCUCGGAGGUGUUCUCGGAGAAGAAGAAAAAGAAAAAUAAGGAAACAGUGAGCUUGGGUGCGUUCCAGAAAAUUGGUGACUUUAAAAUCGAGCCAUCCGAAAGUGUGACCAAGUUGGAUACGGCGUAUUGGCCUUUGUUAUUGAAGAACUUCGACCGUCUUAACGUCCGAACCAACCACUACACGCCGCUUCCGUUCGGCAGUUCACCUUUAAAACGUCCGAUUUCGGAGUACGUUAAGGCUGGAUUCAUCAACGUGGACAAACCGAGCAAUCCGAGCUCCCACGAAGUCGUGUCUUGGAUUAAAAGAAUCCUCAAAGUAGAGAAGACUGGCCAUUCCGGAACACUUGAUCCUAAGGUUACUGGUUGCCUCAUCGUGUGUAUAGACAGAGCAACGAGGCUGGUGAAAUCCCAGCAGAAUGCUGGUAAGGAAUAUGUUGCUGUAUUCAACCUGCACUCGCCCGUAGAAAACCUUAAGAAAGUAACACAGGGUUUGGAGAAAUUACGAGGUGCUCUUUUCCAACGUCCGCCAUUGAUAUCAGCAGUCAAACGACAGCUCCGAGUGCGUUCCGUUUACGACAGCAAGUUACUCGAUUAUGACCAGGAACGUAAUAUUGGUGUUUUCUGGGUUAGUUGCGAGGCUGGUUCCUAUAUACGUACGAUGUGCGUACAUUUGGGUCUCAUGCUCGGAGUUGGCGGACAAAUGAUUGAAUUACGCAGAGUCCGCUCUGGUAUACAGGGGGAGAAGGAGGGCAUGGUUACUAUGCACGACAUAUUGGACGCUCAAUGGGCGUAUGAGAACCAUAAGGAUGAAACCUAUUUGAGAAGAGUCAUUAAGCCAUUAGAAGGUCUGCUGGUAGCUCACAAGAGGAUCUUUAUCAAGGACAGUGCAGUUAAUGCAGUAUGUUACGGAGCCAAAGUACUUUUGCCUGGUAUCCUAAGAUACGAGGAUGGUAUUGAAGUCGACCAAGAAAUUGUUAUAGUAACAACAAAGGGAGAAGCUGUGGCAUUGGCUAUAGCCCUUAUGACCACAUCCACUAUGGCAUCCUGUGAUCAUGGGGUAGCGGCCAAACUGAAACGUGUUAUCAUGGAAAGAGACACAUACCCUCGCAAAUGGGGCUUAGGUCCGAAAGCAUCUCAAAAGAAAAUGCUUAUCCAGCAAGGGAAAUUAGAUAAAUUUGGAAAACCCAACGAAAACACACCGUCCGAAUGGUUGAAUAGCUAUGUAGACUACAAAGCUAAGAAGGACACAGAGAACGGUGAUGCACAGGAAGAUGCAGGUAGAAAGAGAACCGCUAGCACAGCGAACGCUGACGACCCGAAUAACUCGACAGAAAUCAAGUCGGAGAAAAAAAAGAAAAAGAAAAAACGUGACACCGACAUAGAAAUGGAGAAUGAAGCUGAUACAACGGUAGACGCGGAUCAGACAAUAGAAGGGGAUGAGUCGGUGCGCAAAGAAAAGAAAAAAAAGAAAAAGAAGGAUAAGGAUCAAGAGAGACAGGACGAGUAAAUAUAUAACCGCCAACUCCGAUAUACCUUGUAUAUAUAUCCAUAGGGAAUUCCUGAAAAACGUGGAUUUUAUAGUGCAAAAACUAUUUCCCUUUUUUGCCGAACAAUCAAUAAAUAGCUUCGGUUGCAUACAUUUAAGUUUAAGCGAUAGUUGUUAAGAGAAAACAUUAUUUUUACUUAAUAAACACAUUACGGGUCGUAAACCUGCAUUUCUUUAAGGCCCUACUAAUCAUGAUUUGUCCUUUGUAGUGUAUGCAGCAUCGCUAGACCCUGUUCUUGUAUGUUAAGUAAUUGUUCAACGUUUUUAAAGACGGACAUUAAAAUAAUUUUAAGUUUA